GGUGGCCGCCGCCGGGCCCAGGAGCCGCCGCCUCCCUCAGCGCGCCGCGCCGCGCCGCGCCGGGCCGGCAUGGAGCUCUUCCAAGCCAAGGACCACUACAUCCUGCAGCAGGGCGAGCGCGCGCUGUGGUGCAGCCGCCGCGACGGCAGCCUGCAGCUCCGACCUGCUACUGACCUACUUCUUGCCUGGAAUCCCAUUUGUUUGGGGUUGGUAGAAGGUGUUAUUGGGAAAAUUCAGCUUCAUUCAGAUCUUCCAUGGUGGCUUAUUCUAAUUCGGCAGAAAGCUCUGGUGGGCAAACUCCCAGGAGACCAUGAAGUCUGUAAAGUUACCAAAAUUGCUGUGCUGUCGCUUUCUGAAAUGGAACCUCAGGAUCUUGAACUAGAGCUCUGUAAGAAGCAUCAUUUUGGAAUUAACAAACCAGAGAAGAUUAUACCAUCUCCUGAUGACUCAAAGUUUCUACUGAAGACCUUUACAAAUAUUAAAUCCAAUGUGUCUGCACCUAAUAAAAAGAAAGUUAAAGAAAGUAAAGAGAAGGAGAAGUUGGAGAGAAGAUUACUUGAAGAGUUGCUGAAGAUGUUCAUGGACUCAGAAUCCUUUUACUACAGCUUGACCUAUGAUCUGACCAAUUCGGUGCAGAGGCAGAGCUCUGGGGAGAAGGACAGCCGUUCCCUGUGGCAGAAGGUUGAUGAUCGAUUUUUUUGGAAUAAAUAUAUGAUACAAGAUCUUAUAGAGAUUGGUACACCAGAUGUGGACUUUUGGAUUAUCCCCAUUAUCCAGGGUUUUGUGCAGAUUGAAGAACUUGUGGUUAAUUAUACUGAAUCAUCAGAUGAUGAGAAAAGCAGCCCAGAGACCCCCCCUCAAGAAUCUACCUGUGUUGAUGACAUUCACCCACGAUUUUUAGUGGCUCUUAUUUCACGCCGGAGUAGACAUAGAGCAGGAAUGCGCUAUAAACGAAGAGGAGUGGAUAAAAAUGGAAAUGUUGCCAAUUAUGUAGAGACUGAACAAUUAAUUCAUGUUCAUAAUCAUACUUUGUCAUUUAUUCAAACACGAGGUUCUGUGCCUGUCUUUUGGAGCCAAGUUGGGUACCGAUACAAUCCAAGACCUCGACUGGACAAAAGUGAAAAGGAAACUGUUGCCUAUUUCUGUGCCCAUUUCGAAGAACAACUGAAAAUUUACAAAAAACAGGUUAUUAUUAACUUGGUAGACCAGGCAGGAAGAGAGAAAAUUAUUGGUGAUGCGUACCUGAAGCAAGUGCUGCUCUUUAACAACUCCCACCUCACUUAUGUUUCCUUCGACUUCCAUGAGCACUGCCGAGGAAUGAAGUUUGAGAAUGUUCAAACCCUAACAGAUGCCAUUUAUGACAUUAUUCUUGACAUGAAGUGGUGUUGGGUUGAUCAAGCUGGGGUAAUAUGCAAACAGGAAGGAAUUUUUCGAAUUAAUUGCAUGGACUGCCUGGAUCGUACCAAUGUAGUUCAAGCUGCCAUUGCUCGAGUGGUUAUGGAACAGCAGCUAAAAAAAUUAGGUGUGAUGCCCCCAGAACAGCCAUUACCUGUGAAAUGUAAUCGGAUCUACCAGAUAAUGUGGGCUAACAAUGGUGACUCCAUAAGCAGACAGUAUGCUGGGACAGCUGCUCUGAAGGGUGACUUUACAAGAACAGGAGAAAGAAAGUUAGCAGGAGUUAUGAAAGAUGGAGUUAACUCAGCAAAUAGGUAUUACCUCAAUCGGUUUAAGGAUGCUUAUAGGCAAGCUGUUAUAGAUUUGAUGCAAGGCAUUCCAGUGACAGAAGACCUUUAUUCCAUAUUUACUAAGGAGAAGGAGCAUGAAGCUUUGGAUAAGGAGAAUCAGAGGAGCCACCAGGAGCUAAUUAGCCAGCUCUUACAAAGUUAUAUGAAGUUACUACUGCCUGAUGAUGAGAAGUUCCAUGGGGGCUGGGCUCUUAUUGAUUGUGACCCCAGCCUCACUGACGCCACUCACAGGGACGUGGAUGUGCUUUUACUGCUUUCCAACGCUGCCUACUACGUGGCCUAUUAUGAUGAUGAAGUUGAUAAAGUAAAUCAAUAUCAACGACUAAGUCUAGAGGAUCUGGAAAAAAUAGAAAUAGGUCCUGAACCCACUCUUUUUGGUAAGCCGAAGUUCUCCUGCAUGCGACUGCACUACAGAUAUAAAGGAGCAAGUGGUUAUUUCCACACACUGAGGGCAGUGAUGCGCAAUCCAGAAGAAGAUGGAAAAGAUACCCUUCAGUGCAUUGCAGAGAUGCUACAGAUCACCAAGCAAGCCAUGGGACUAGAUGUACCGAUAACUGAGAAGAAACUUGAGAGGAAGAGCAGUAAACCUCACGAAGACAUCAUGGGUAUCAGAUCUCAGAACCAAGGCUCUCUGGCCCAGGGGAAAAAAUUUUUACUGAGCAAAUUUUCAUCUCUAAAUCAAAAAGUGAAGCAGACCAAAUCCAAUGUAAAUAUUGGCAACCUACGAAAGUUAGGAAACUUUACUAAGCCUGAAAUGAAAGUGAACUUUCUAAAACCAAACUUAAAAGUCAAUCUUUGGAAAUCAGAUAGUAGUCUUGAGACUAUGGAAAGCUCAGGGGUGAUGGAAAAUAAGGUCCAGGCAGAAUCUGAUGGGGACAUUUCUUCAGAUAAUGACUCCUACCAUUCUGAUGAAUUCCUUACAAAUUCCAAGUCUGAUGAAGACAGGCAGCUCGCUAAUUCUUUAGAGAGUGUAGGGCCGAUAGACUAUGUUCUUCCUAGUUGUGGUAUUAUUGCUUCGGCACCUCGAUUGGGCGGUCGAUCCCAGUCUAUUGGCAGCACUGAUGUGAGCAUUCAUGCUCCCACAGAGAUUCCUCGUGAUCAUGAAGGCGCACUUGGGAAAGGCCAGGAGUCUCCUUUGAAGAAAAGUCCCUCUGCUGACAACAUACGCCUAUUGGCUGGUUUUGUGAAACCUAUGGAUAUUUACUGCCACAGAUUUGUGCAAGACGCACAAAACAAAAUGAUGGAGCUGUCAGAGAGCAGCUCUGUGUCUCAGCGAGCUAGAGAGGAAGGAAACCAGAUGACCAACCAAGUUUCUAAAGAAGAAUCCCAACCAGAAUCAACGGAACAGAACCCUUCCCGACCAUCGCAAUUAGAUGUGUCUUUUUCUGGGACAGGCACACAGUUUUUGUCAGUUGAACCAGUGCAUGCAGUUGUAGCUCAAAAGACACCCAGCUCCAGUUCCAGCAUGCUGGAACUCGAGGCAGGGCUUCAUGUAACUCCUUCUCCUUCAGAGAGCAGUAGCAGCAGAGCAGUCUCUCCCUUUGCAAAAAUUCGAAGCUCUAUGGUGCAGGUUGCCAGUAUUACUCAGGCUGGCCUAACCCAUGGGAUCAACUUGGCAGUGGCAAAAGUUCAGAAGAGUCCUGCAGAACCGGAGAUGGUUAAUGAAAUCCAGCAGAAUGAACUUAAAAACAUGUUUACACAAUGCCAGACACGAAUAAUUCAGAUUUAGGUUUUAGCUACCAAAAACAAUCCCAUGGGUUUUAUUUGUGAAUUUCAUUUCAUGUAUUAAGCUAAUUUAGCUUGUACUAUCUGGAUCUAGGAUUCACAAAUUUUAAUUAUGCUUAUUAGUGUUUAAGAGGAGUCGGAACCUGAGCAGACUUCCAGAUUCCUCUGUAAGUCCAUCCUCCUAAUUGUGUACACCUGACUAGCUUAUCCACUGCGGAGUAGUUGGGUCUGCUGAAGGAUUUCAGGUACAGGUCACUUGGAUGGAAUCUGAGGGAGGAUUUGGGAGGGUGUCGAUGGUUAGUCAAUGAAAUAGAUACCAUCUGGGUCUGAGCCCACUCAUGAGAUUAGCAUUUUUCUAUGUGUCCAUUUCCCUAGAGAUACAUUUAGUUUUUAGUGACUUAUUAAUGUUUGUUGCUGGUAAUGUAGAAGCAUCUGAAAGUUUAUUGAGGAUUAACACUACAGUCAAACGUAUUCUCAUUUGAUCCUAAUUUUCCUCAUACUCUACUCGAACAGUAUGUUCUGCCACCCCUGAAUCCAGGCGCACUGACUUGCCAGUCAUACAGCGAAACGGGCGCAUCAUAUGUGAACUACAGCAGCUGCCAAUCUCCAUUUUGCUCUGCUUUCAGGAACAUAAGAAUAUAUGUAUAGUGGCUCCUGGGAGUUCUAGAAGGAAGUCUUCACGUUUCAACUUUUUUCCCAGGGGGUAUUCUUCAACAUCUUGUGCAGACUAACAACUAUCGAAAAUUUAGUCUGAAGCACAACUGCUAAAACUGGUUUUUCUGAGACGUUAACUGACCACACCAAUGCCGCCUCCUCUAGAACUACAAUAAGAGUCGCACGCCACAUUCCAGCAGGCAUUGGUUUCUCUGGUGUCUUAGAGCCUUACUCUGUGCGGUGAUUCUCAGCUGAACAUUAUGUCUGUUGUAACUUUGAUAAGCAUUCCACUUUUGUUAUUUAUUUGUGGUUUCAUUUUUCUGAAGUGUCUAAUCUUGUGACUUAAAAUAAAGACCAUUGUAAUUAAAGCAACAA